AUGUGGGAACUGGUCAAAGAAGGCCAUCCUGAUCGCAUAUUGCUUGCCUUACUCAAUCCAACAGUAGCUCUCGACUUCGUUUCCACGGCCACGGACGAUGACUUUGCCGACGCAAUAUGCGCUCUUGAUCCCGAUUAUUUCAUCACACCUUUUCGCGACUUGCAUUAUCAUUUGAACCCGUCCAUGGAGACUCAACCAACCUUCCGGACUAUCAGAUCUUUCGAGGAGCGUACAAAUACGUUUCUCAAGAUACUCCGGAAGUUGAUCGCGGACCGCGAGGCAGCUGCUCGAACCAUUACCUUAAGAGUCUAUUGCCAUUUGUUGAAAUCUUCUGCUGUUUGUGGUAGGGCAGAUUUGGCCAAAGAAAUCUUUUACCAAUCUCUUCCCGAAGACCGCCUGGUCCCUGAUCGUGCUUGCUAUAAUUAUCUUAUGGAAGCGUUGAUCUGGAACAAUCUAUACAGCGGACGUGAAAGACAUAAACUUCGCGUUACUGCAGACCGUCUGGAAAUCCGUUCCCGGCUCGACAGACACCGCAACUACGCAGGCCAUGGAGUCACAACCCCUUCAAAUCCAGAAAACCCCGAUUCCAUCAGACUUCAAGUGCUCAAGAUCUUCAACGAUCUUGUCCGUCAGCAAAUCUCUGGUGACGAAGCAACAUUCUGCCAUUUGAUGGUUGCAAUGGGUCGUGAGGGUGAUAUGAAAGGUGUCAAGAGCGUUAUGAAAUCAGUAUGGAAUAUUGAUGUGGACGCUCUCAACAAUCUUGACGAGAAAGAGCUGGAACCUCCUAUGACUUAUGAGAAGAACUCGAUUCUUCGACCAUCCGAACGUUUGCUCUUUACUAUUGCCCACAUCUUCUCCAGCAAUAACCAGGUCGAAACUGCCUCCACGUUGCUUGAAUAUAUCUCCCGGCACUAUACCAUCAAGGUUCCCAAUAGAGUUUGGAAUCAUCUCCUUGGAUGGGCGUACUCGAUCUUCAGUCAAGGUCGCCCUUGGCACCGCAAGAGGGGAAUAAACAUUGGGCGUCCUUCGGCUGCUGCUGUUGAAUCACUUUUUAUUGUCUUACAAGGAGAGCCAUAUAAUAUCGAACUUGGUAUUAUUCCUUUGCAUUAUCGAAUCCGAGUCCGACUUGCGAAACGUGUACUCGAUGUACUGCUCGAUGAUGUACGAAAUUGUCUAAAACAGCUUGACGAGGACAGGCAUGCCCUUGAUGGCAUCUACGACAAAAUGCGGUUGCUCAUGUCCGAGUAUUCUCUGACUCACCAAAAUGACCUCGCCACGGAGGAUUUCCUGAACCUGAGGAGGGAAUAUAUUCUAACCUCCCUAAGGGUAGAAGCCCAUUUGCAGUUGAUGAUCAAAGACCUUCGCAAUAUCUUCAAAGAAACAUAUUUCGCAGGGGGAAGGAAGAUUGGCAAUUGGGCAUGGCAACGGCUUCCCAACUUGAUAUUGGAGUGGUCCGAAUUUCUACCCAGCCUAUUGCCCUACUACACACCUACGGGCCAUGUUGUCUUGUCUACCCGGGAGCAUCGUUUGCAAGCCAUUAGGGAGAAAAAUGGGUUCCAGACCAGGCGGGCUGGCCAUCUGCGAAAUAUCUUGGAUACGUUCAGCCCUUUCAAGUUAAUGAAAGCUUCGUGGGAGUGUAGUUCUGGAGAGAGAGCCAUCUCAAAGUAUUUCAAAGACAUGUGGGGUCCCAAUCGUGAGGAUUUCUCCACGGACUGGGUUGCGGAUGAGGAGAUGAAGGGUCGAACAUGGAGGCAGGCCGAACCUGCAUAUCGGAGCCCUCUGCGUCCCGCUCCAGAAUGGCCUGAGAGUGGUUGGACGCCCUGGCCAAAUCCCCCUCACCCCAGGCCCAGAACAUAA